AGUCAGUCAAGUCGUUCACACAACUUUUAUUCGCUCAUCGUCAUCUUCCUCCUCCAUGUGAAUUCUGAUCUCUCUCGCGGUGUUGAUUUACAUGUGAAGAUACAUACAUACAUACGCUCCUUAAUUAAACAGAGGAUCCCGAGAUGGUUACAGACUUCAGGAUAUCAUCCCCUGCUGCUGCUUCACUGUCUCAAAGUCAAUAAAUGCGACCCCCCCUUCCACACUAGAACGGAUCAGAAUCUGGGUUUCAUUCCAUCCCCCCCUCCUUCCUUCCUAACUUCAUUAUUACUCCUUCUUCUUCUUCUUCGCACUUGACAUGUUUACAAACUCAGGCCGGAGAUGAAAAUUCUUAUCCUCGAGUCUCGCUUUCUUCUCCUCCUCCUUUUCUUUACUCUCUUUUCUUCCUCCUAUGUCCAAUCAAAAGACCCCAUCAAGUCCAUUUUAGGUGAUGAGAAUUUUGGUACUGGGAGAAAUGACAUCUUCAAUGGAGUUGCAGAGGCGCCAGGUCCUGCAAGCAAUGGGUGGAAUACCCUUGUUCUAGCAGCAAACAGAACUAAGAGACCCGAUAUUCUUCGUCAUCUUAAGCCAUAUAGAGCUGGAUGGGACAUUGCCAAUAAACACUACUGGGCUUCUGUAGGAUUUACAGGUUCUUUCGGUUUCAUUCUUGCUGCUCUGUGGUUUGUCUCCUUCGGUUUGGCUCUCGUUCUACAUCACUGCUGUGAAUGGAGAAUAAAGUUCAAAGGAAAAGGGUCAAGUUUCUUGCGAAGGAUCUCCCUACUUUUGCUCAUCAUCUUCACGUGUUCUGCAGCAAUUGGGAGUCUUCUUCUUUCGAUUGGACAGAAUAAGUUUCACGGUGAAGCAAUGCAUACCCUUGAUUAUGUUGUGAACCAAUCGAGCUACACUGUUGAGACUUUGAGAAAUGUAACUGAGUACCUAUCACUUGCAAAGACUAUUAACAUCGCCCAGGUGUUCCUUCCUUCCGAUGUAAAAGAUAACAUAGACAAGUUGAAUGUUGAUUUAAAAACUGCAGCAGACACUCUCGGCCAAAAAACCAGUGAAAAUUCAACAAAGAUUCAGAGAGUUUUCAGUUUGGUGAGGUUGUCGUUGAUUCUUAUCGCUGCACUGAUGCUUGUUCUGUCACUUCUUGGUCUUUUCCUAUCGCUUCUGGGACACAAGCAUGCCAUUCACUUAUUCAUUGUUAGUGGAUGGUUUCUCGUGGCGAUCACUUUCACUCUUUGGGGAGUUUUUGUUAUACUCAACAAUACAAUUUCAGAUACCUGCAUGGCUAUGGGUGAAUGGGUCGAUAAUCCCCAUGCAGCAACUGCCCUUAGCGACAUUCUUCCCUGUGUCGAUCAGAGAACCACAAACCAGACAUUGGUUCAGAGUAAGCAGGUCGUAACCGACAUUGUAAAUAUCGUCAACCAAUUUGUAUACACUGUUGCGAACUCGAAUCUUUCUUCCAAUAAUCCCAGUUUCUACAACCAAUCUGGGCCACCAAUGCCCCCUCUUUGUUACCCAUUUGACGAUAGGUUGCAAGAUCGACAGUGUACCAUGCAAGAAGUUUCUAUGCAGAAUGCUUCUCUGGUUUGGGGGGAGUUGAUUUGUAGGGUAUCAGAAUCGGGAUUAUGCAUAAGCUCGGGAAGGAUAAAACCGGAAAUGUACAUACAGUUGGUGGAUGCAGUCAACAUAAGCCUGGCUCUACAACUUUACGCCCCUCCAUUACUUAGCUUCCAAGAUUGCAACUUUGUUCGUGCAACAUUCUGGAAUAUAACAGUAGCUCAUUGCCCGCCUUUGAGGCAUCAUCUGCGGUUGGUCAAUGCAGGUCUUGCUCUCAUUUCUGUCGGAGUCAUGCUUUGCCUUGUUGUCUGGUUACUCUAUGCAAACCGCCCCCAAAGGGAGGAAGUGUUUGCAAAACUUUCAUCAAUAAUAAGAAGUAGCUACAAAAAAGGUUGCCUCAAGAAGGAUGUUUCUUCUGGAAGAGUUCCUUCAGUUUAAUGUCUAGAUAGAACAUAUUAUAUUGAAUAAAUAACCAAGAUGGAGCAAAGCACCAUCUUUUUUUUU